AUGAAUCGCCUGUUCGGCGCAAAGAGCACUGGCCCCAAGCCGACCCUCAGCGGCGCCAUCUCGAAUGCACGUCAUGUCGAUGGCCGCAUCGAGACUAUUGACGUCAAGCUCGCGAAGCUCAACGCCGAGCUGACGACCUACCAGCAGCGCCUGUCCAAGAUGCGCGACGGCCCCGGCAAGACGGCCAUCAAGCAAAAGGCCCUCAAGGUGCUGCAGCAGCGCAAGAUGUACGAGGCCCAGCGCGACCAGCUGCAGCAGCAGUCCUGGAACAUGGAGCAGGCCAGCAUGAUGCAGGACAACCUCAAGAACACCAUGACGACCGUCGACGCCAUGAAGACGACGACCAAGGAGCUGCGCAAGCAGUACGGCAAGGUCGACAUCGACAAGAUCGAGCGCAUGCAGGACGAGAUGGCCGAUCUCAUGGACAUAGGCAACGACAUCCAGGAAAGCAUCAGCCGCAGCUAUGACGUGCCUGAGGACGUCGACGAGGCGGAGCUGGAUGCCGAGCUUGAGGCUCUCGGAGAGGAGGUGGAGCUGGACGCCAUGAACGAGGCUGAAGGCGUCCCGAGCUUCAUGGUGGAUGAGGCAAGGCCGCCGCAGUUCAUCGACGAACCUCCCGAGCCAGCCGGCAAGGUCAAAGAAGCUGCAGGCUGA